CAGCAUUCAACCUCUCCUGACGAGUCACUCAAGGUGUCAACCUGGGGUAACUACGGAGUAAGGUCAUCUUUCUUCCCGCUUCAUUCUUCUCGCCUGGACGCGGAACCUGUUGAGGGCGAUUAUCAUCUCACAGCAUCAACAGCAGCGCAGUAACUAUCAACCUGAGGCCCGACCAUUCCCUUAUCUGCCCUGUCUUUCGUAAGCCGCCGGCAUCAGGCUGCACCUACGUGAGGCUCCUUCCGGCAGCCCCAUCCGCGUCACCUCCACGUCUCGCAUCGUCUCGCCGGCAUUAGUAACAGUAUUCUGCUUCCGUCAACCUCUCUUCUUUGCGGACACGACAUAGCUUGGAUGCAUGCGCGCCGUCUAAAUACUCUUGUCAUCAAGUAUUAGGUAGUUAAAGUGCCACUUCCCUCAAUGUCGCAGCUCGCUGUCCUGUCUAUCAGUUGCUAACAUUCUGAAGCACAUCUUCUGGCUGACAGAUUCCAUUACUCUCCACGUUCGCUUCGCUAGCAAGACCUGCCGAUCCUAACACGAUUCCGAAUACAUGAUGGCCGGACCCCAAAGCCCAGCCAAGCAGGGGUUGGAAGAGUGGGAGGAGAUCGCCGACGACUACUCUGUCGUGUCACUCUCAUCCGAUGAUGAGGACGGUAGAGCCCCUCUCACAACGGCGACCACGGCCAACAAACCAUCUUCGACUGCUGGUGCGCUAAAGAAUGUCGCUGCCGGUCCUUUGACGACUGAAGACGCGAGCUCCUCUCGCCCGAUUUCCGCCAAGCAAGCCUCUAGUUCAACAGUAGCAACAAGCAGCGAUCGGCCACCAAGGCGAGAUCUCCUAGAUUUGCUUGGGAACUCCCUCCUACCCAAUGAGGCCAUUCAGCCAAUCUGGAAUUCAUAUCAGACUAAGCAGCAAACUCCAACGCCGCCACUGAAACCAAGCAACGGCAAGGAAAUCGAGGAGUUGAAUCGGGAUAUCGGCCGCCUAACAAUGGGCAACGAGGACGCCGACGAGGCUGAGUCAUCGAGUAAACCAGAAGGCACCUUGGGCGAAACCCUCGACUUGGACGACUCCUCGAUGAAUCCUACCAUCAUCAGCCAGAAGCUAGAGUCACUUGGCGAAUACCUACUUGACACAUUCAAUCGGACUAGCAAGGAGUUGACUGGCUUUGACAAGGCGCCGGCUAUCGCCAACAGCUGUCAAGCCCUCAUGGCAAACAUCAAUGAUCUUCGUCCCAUACUCGCAGAUUACGCAUCUCAGUGGGAUACGAAUGUUGAGAAGGAAAUUCCGCUCGAUCCCAGUGUCAUGCUCUGGAUGGAUUCUUUGCGUACUGUUCUUGCAAGGCUUCGGAGAAAAGCCAGAGCCUGGCCGCAGCAUCCGGCAGGCGAAGAGGCAAGGAUCCGUGCGAGCUUGAACAAGUAUGCCGCUGCACUGGACAAGCAGGACAAGCAGAUGCAAGAGUUUCUGCCCAUUAUACAAGCCGACUUCAACAGCUACCGGACACAGGACAUGCAGUUUCCGGUAGAAACCACGGAAGAUUCCGCCAACAGCCCGGGACGUUCAGGUCGUAUCCCGGCACGGCCCACAUCUCGUCUGUCUCAAAUUCGGGACGCUCUAUACGCACUCAAGGACCAAGUUCAAAAUACGAUUGAUGUCCUCGCCAUCAGCUAUCACUUUCUACCCCAGACUACCUCGGAGACUGCCGUAGCUGUUGUCCAGUGCCUGAGGUCUACUGUCAACGCCGCGUCCCUCGCCCUGACCAACAACGGCUCGGAAUGGCUUGAGAGUGACUCUGGUAGAGCUCAUAUUGGGUUGCUGUCCCAUGCCGAGUUCAGCAAUCUGGAUCCUGCGAUGCUCCGGGACUACGCAGCGCGACUCAAGCAAAUCUGCAACCUCGUAGCCGACCCCAAUAGUCACCAGCGUUGGACCGAGGAGAUGAUUAAGGACCAUUAUAUCUACAUGUUGGUUGAACAGGAGCAACUUGAUGCUCUUCAUAACAUCGCCUCUGCACUGGAGGAGAUGUUGCUCCCACAACACAUGAAGACCAAGACCGAGUUUGAUGAUUUUUUGAAGGAGAUGUAAUGUCAAUGCACCAGGAGAGAACAGAACCAAGUGGACUACAGGAUUAUGACACGGAACAGCGGGCUAGCAUUGGGAACUAUGAGCGCGGAUUCGAGCGGGAAUGUAACGAUCUUCAGGGUUGACUGGCGUCAUGGAAGACGGCUUUUGAUGAACAGCGAAACAAGG